ACUUGGAUUCUGGACGAAAGGUGGCGCCGAGUGAAGGCGCCAUAUUGAAUACGGCGUUGUUUACAGUUGGCGGUAUCGUAUAUUUGCCAGUGGAAAAGUGAAUUGUUAUUUUUUAGAAAAACAAAUAACUUUUUUAUUUAGUUUUUUUAUGCAAAUUAGUCGCAACCACGGAAAAUUCAAAAGCCCAAGACGAAAUGGUGCCUAAAUUGAGAUUUCAGGAAGGCGAAAAAGUCCUCUGUUUUCAUGGACCUCUACUAUAUGAAGCAAAAUGUAUAAAAGCUCAAGUGAAAGAAAAACAAGUGAAAUACUUCAUCCACUACAGUGGAUGGAAUAAAAAUUGGGAUGAAUGGGUUCCAGAAAGUCGAGUCUUAAAAUAUAAUGAAAUUAAUCUUCAGAAACAAAAGGAAUUAGAGAAAGCUCAUUUAAAAACUAAGAAGACCAAAGUCGUUAAGCCAAAAAAAGAACCUGAGAAAGAACGGUCCUCUACUCCUUCUCAAGAGAAGCCAAAUAAACCAAAAAUGCAACAGGGUGGAAGGUCAGGGGGUUCCGCAUCAACCAGUCAGCAGAGUGAACAGGGAACGGCAGAAAAUCUUCGGAAGAAGAGACGACUCGAUCCACACGUAGAGACCGAGGAAGCAUUUUUAACCAGAGUUGAAAUUAAAGUACGAAUGCCAGAUGAAUUGAAACCGUGGCUUGUCGAUGACUGGGACUUAAUUACUCGUCAGAAAAAGCUUGUUCAACUGCCUGCUCGAAUAACUGUCGAGGAGAUAUUAAAUGAAUAUAUGAAGCACAAAACAUCUGGAAGAGGAAUAUCUCCUAAUAAAGAAAGUGCAUUGUUAGAAGUAACAAAUGGAAUUAAGGAAUAUUUUAAUGUAAUGCUAGGAAGCCAACUACUGUAUAAAUUUGAAAGACCACAAUAUGCAGAGAUCCUUGCCGAACAUCAGGAUGCACCGAUGUCGCAAAUUUACGGUUCUGUCCACCUUUUACGAUUGUUCGUGAAAUUAGGAAGCAUGUUAGCUUACACACCUCUGGAUGAAAAAAGUGUACAGUUGUUGCUCACACAUAUCCAUGAUUUUCUGAGGUAUUUGGCUCGAAGUUCCACUUUCUUCAGUUUGAGCGACUACAUCGUGGCUCCUCCGGAAUACCAGCGAAAAGCCAUAUGAUCAUAAUAGUUUGUUGACUGCCGCUCUUCCGUAGAAUUUCCAAUUGCUAAAAUGGGUGCAAAACCGAUUGUCCGCGGUGAACGUUAAUGUACUCGAAGCUACGCCGUUUACUUUUAAUUCGUACGCGCCCACUCAUCCGUUACCACAUUUCGCGGAGGAUUUUCGUUGGCUUCUGUGCGCCGCACUCCAAGCAGGUUCGUUACGUUUCUUGGGGAGGCCGUGCCGAAAGGUUAAAUAACUGAGAUUAAAGCUCGUCCCACUUCGUUCAUCUUCGCCUUCCCAUCACCUUACUCGGUAUAAAAGAAUGGCGCUUCCGAUAAAUCUCGUGUCGUAACCGCGGUGAGAAAGGCGAGAUUUCUCGCCCUCUCUCACCUUCGCGAUAAUUUUUUCUGUCAAAAUUCCGGAAUUGCCAUCUUCUCGGUUUCACUUAAUUUUAUUCUUCUCCUUUCCAAAUUAACCCGUGAAUUAAUUAAUUUCCUUUAAUUGUGUCCGGUUUAUAGCAGCUAAAAUAGGAAAUGUAUGGUAAAUUUUCACUUCAAAUCUGAAUAAUUGCGAUUUUAAUAUUAAAAAAUGGUACUUUGUGAUUAUUGAAUAUUUAUUUUUAUUAUUUUUUAUAAAAUUUCUAUAAUUCGGCAUUUAAAUAAAUUUUAUAAACUGACAAAUGUAGUCUUAUUGAUUAUAAAGACUCGAUUCUCAGAAUUGGAAAAUUGUGAUGAAAUAUUCUAAAUCACUAAUAUCUUCAAAAUUUGUCUUGGUGGAGUUAAUCGUCUAACGAUGACUUCGAGUUGUGGGUGGACUCGUGUUUUAAAUCAGAUUUUGCGGGAAUAGGUAAGUAGAAAAUUCUUCCUUUCUUUGUAUUCCGCUUUUACAUCGUGUCGUCUAAACUUUAAUAUAAAAAUAGCAUCGUUCCACCCCUCGUAUGACUCGAAUUACACAAUUCUACCGAUUACUACGGCUGGUUUUACGUAUCUGAGCGUCUCCCUUGCGAACUGUUUACGUAGAGAGCGAGAAGCCUUGAAAGGCAAACGGGAAUUUUUCUUCACAGAAAUAGACAAUGGGUCGACGGUACGUCUUUUGUUAGACUAUUAUGGUUAAAAGUUAAGAAUAACCCACUCUUCUGGGUUAUCGUGGUAGAGAAAAAUUCAAAUUUCGCAAAUUAGGAAGUAGUAAAAUACCCUAAAAACGCAUCGCGCGUACUUUCUAAAAGUAGAAUUUUCGUUUUAACUGACACUGCAAGAAAAGUAAAGGAGGCAUUCUGUAUCCUGGCUGCUUAGUGUACAGUUGUCUGUACUAUUUCCAGUACACUGUACGGGAGUGUCGCUUACCAGCUGUGGUCUAGAUCUGCGCUUCUAGAAAUAGAACCAUCCCACUUACGUCACGCUGCUCCUCGUACCUUUUGCUAAUCGAUUUUGAUGCGAAAUUGCUUUCUGAAAUAUCAAAAUCGUCAGUUUAACACCCUGUCUCCUGUUUUGUGACGUAAGAAAAUCUCGCGCUCCCAUUUUUUUCAUACUUUUAUGUUCAUUCAUGAGUUUGGUGUCUACUUAACGAUGUCCUCUUUAGGGAAAUGCUGGCUUCUAACCAAAACUUUGCAACCUGUAAUUUUUAUUCCGGUAGCCAAAUUGGAAAGAAAUUAACUUUCGGAGUGGUUUAUUCGUUGUUACAUUUCCGUCGAUGCUUCUCGAGACGAUAAAUGAAGCCAAACUUACUAAAAUCACAAAAAUGCGGUGUUAAAUGAAUGAUCUUUUG